CGGAUGGAGGGAAGCUCCUGGUGGUGCCCAUGGUGGGAAGCCACUGGCUGAGCAUGCAGGAAGUGGUGGAGGAGCUGAGCAAGAGAGGACAUGAGGUGGUGGUGCUGGUUCCUGAGGUGAGCUGGCAGAUGGAGACGACGCAGGCCUACAAGGUGGUCACGUACCCAGUGAGGCAGACCCUGGAGGAGCUGGAUAAUGCCUUCCAUGAAUACGUUGCCGUGCACCUGACAGAGAAGCCUUUCCCCCUCAAUGCCCUUGCAAUGUACAGGGUCUCGGUGAAAACUUUCAGAACCUUCUUUGGGCAGUGCAAGGACCUGUUCCGCAGCCAGGAGACCUUGAGUUUCCUCAAUCAAAGUGGCUUUGAUGUCAUCCUGACGGAUCCGAUCUUCAUGUGCGGGGUCAUCCUUGCCCAUCAUCUCUCCCUUCCCUUUGCCUUCAUCAUGAGGGGGUUCCCUUGCAACCUGCACUUUGCAGCGCCACAGUCCCCAAGCCCUCUGUCCUACAUCCCAAGACUCUUCAGCUUCAACUCAGACCACAUGACUUUUUUCCAGAGGGUGGAAAACGCCCUGAUUUCCCUCCUGGAGCUUGGGUACUGCAACGGUUUCUUUGGGGAAGCACUUCAGCUUUCCUCAGAAGUUCUUCACAGGGAUGUGUCUCUGACGGAACUCGUGGACUCCGCCGCCGUUUGGAUCCUGAGGUUUGACUUUGUGUUCGAGUACGUCAGGCCUGUGAUGCCCAACAUGGUCUUUAUUGGGGGGAUCAACUGUGCUAAGAAGAAACCGCUGCAUAAGGCUUAUGGAGAGCCCUCUAAACCUGAUAAGGAAGGCAAAGAAUGCAACUAUUAG